AGGGUACAAUUACUUUGGAUAUAAAAGUUUGAAACUUGACUGAGAAUUUAUUCACUUCAUCAAGUCUAAUUUGAUACAAGAAUCUCUCUCAAAAUGCUUAAGUUUGUGUGCCUCUUCGCCCUUGUGGCCGUUGCCUGUGCCGCUCCCCGUAGCUAUGGAUACGGAGAUGAUGAGAACCGUGAUGGCGUCCCAGAUUCCCUUGAUGCCAACCGUGAUGGCAAAGUAGACUACGGAUAUGGAUAUCCCAGAUAUGGCUAUGGAUACAAAAGCUAUGGAUACCAGCCCUAUGGUUACGAAUACGUUCCAUAUGGAGAUGGAUACCCAUAUGCCAAUGUUGGACCCAACGGAGCUGUUGUCAAGUCCCCAUCAGGUCUGAUUGUUGGAGACAAUGGUGGUUACAUCAA